UCCCGUUAUAUCUAAACUGUAACGAUUGGGAAAAUAAUUUCCAACAACUGGCAAAUCAUCUGGUGGAGGAAAACGUUGAAAAUACAAUUUUAAUUGGCGAUUUAAAUGUCAGAAUAGGAAAUAUACAGCAAAACAUUGAAGAAAUAUUUUUAAAUGAAUUUAAAUCAGGCGUUGAGUGUAGACAAUCAAAAGACGUAGUCGCUAACAGCAGAGGAAAAAAGUUUAUUGAGCUGUGCUGUGAUUAUGGCCAAAUAGUGCUUAAUGGAAGAACGGCAGGAGACAUUGAAGGCAACGUCACAUAUAUAAGUAGUAAUGGUUCUGCGGUAAAUGACUUAUGCACAGUUUCACAAGAAAUGCUGACAUAUGUAGAAACCUUUACAGUAGAAGAAAGAGAAUGGUCCGAUCAUAUGCCUUUGGUGAUAAGUUUAAAAUUGCAAUGUGAAAUACAACAAAACACGGAACGAAAACUGCUUCCGACCCUCAAAUGGAAAGAUGCAAAUAGGGUUCAAUAUAGCAAAAAACUUAAGGAAAAUAUAAGGACAAAGCUGCAAAAUAAAACACAUCUAGACUUAUCAGAUUUAACUGAUGUUAUACUAAAAUCUACUCCCAAAAUACGAAAAUGUAAGGGAUUCUAUACCAAAAAAUCAAAAUGGUAUAACUUCCGAUGCUUUGUCGCGAAGAAAAAAGCUAAACACUUGUUGAGAAAAUAUAGAAGAACAGAGAGUAGCGCUACUAGAGCGAAUUACUUAGAAGCAAAUAAGAAAUAUAAAGAUGUAUGUCUGAAAAGUAAAGCUGAAUAUUAUAGAAAUCUAGAGACACGUAUAAACACAAUUAAAAAUGGCAAAGAAUGGUGGAAGCUAGUUAAAGAGCUAAGAAAUAGGCCUUUAAUAAAUGAGGUACGAAUUGCACCAAAUGAGUUUAAGACACACUUUGAAAAUCUUCUUAAUCACACGCAAACGGCGAAAGAUGUGCAUUAUGCUCCAAACUUUGUAGAAAUAGACGAGCUCGACAAACCUAUAAUGGUGGGUGAGAUAUUGCAGGUCUUGAAAAAAGCGAAAGACGGAAAAGCACCAGGUUUAGAUAGAAUCCCUUACGAAUUUUACAAAAAUGCAAAUACGGAAUUUUUAGAGCAACUCGCGAAGGCAUACAACCAGAUGUACGACUCAGGAAGGGCAGAUUCAAGUUCUGAACCGAGUAUAAUAUUUCCAAUACACAAGAAGGGAGAUAGUUCGGUUGUAACCAAUUAUAGGGGUGUGGCAUUUAUGAACACAAAAGAAAAAUAUUGA